CUAUUCUCUCAACAUAUCUUCGAUUCAGUCAUUGACAACCCCAAAACCACAACAUGGCCGCUGCUAAACCCUUCGCCAUCGUCGCCGGCGUCGGCCCUGGAACGGGCGCCUCCAUUGCCCGCCGCUUCGCCAAAGCCUACUCUGUCGUCGUGCUCGCCCGCAACCCGGCCAACUACGAGUCCGUCGUCGAGGAGAUCAACUCCGCCGGCGGCCAAGCCACGGGCUUCAGCGCCGACCUCUCCGACACCCAGAACGUCAAAUCCACCUUCGAGCAGAUCACCAAGCAGUUCACCGGCUCCCCGCUCGCCGCGGCUGUGUUCAAUGUCGGCGGCGGAUUCGUGCGCAAGCCAUUCCUCGAACUGACGGCCGAGGAGUUCUCGUCCGGGUUUGAGUCGCAGGGCAAGGGAGCCUUCAACUUCGCCAAGGAGACCCUCCCCCUGCUCCUCCAAGCCACGAACCUUCAACACCCGCCGACCCUCAUCUUCACGGGAGCGACGGCCAGCGUGAAGGGCUCGGCGAACUUCUCCACCUUCGCGGCGGGCAAGUUCGCCCUGCGCGCGCUGGCGCAGUCGCUGGCCCGCGAGUUCGGGCCCAAGGGCGUGCACGUCUCGCAUGUGAUUGUCGAUGGGGUGAUUGACAUCCCGCGCACGAAGGCGUGGACGUUCGAGCACGAGGAUGCGAAGUUGGACCCCGAGGCUAUCGCCGAGUCGUAUUGGCACUUGCAUACGCAGCCACGCACGACCUUUGGGUUUGAGCUGGAUCUCCGACCCUAUGUUGAGAAGUGGUAG